AUUUAACGAACCGGUUCCGGUUAACUGCGCGCACUUUAGCAAUCCCUGCGCACAAUAAGCCUCCCUCCCCUUCCUCUCCGCGUAGAAUAGUUCGUGCCUUUUCUUCCCCGAAAUGGCUGAGUUGACUCGGGCCGAUGUGUAUACGCCUCGGUCGAUGCAAGUAUGGAGAGCGCUUUUGAAUUGGCUCGCUUUUUUCGUUCAGAUCUUUGCUCAGAUCAUCAGAGCCGUCGGACAACAUCCUCUGCUCUCUUCCUCGUCGGCGACGACGGAGACUCCGACUACUACGCACCGUUUUAAGCGCUUGCCGGCCGUUGACUCGAUCGAGAUCGAGUCCCCCGCUACGGUCGAGACCUCUGCCGUUUUGGACUCUCCUGCUCCUGCCGGCGAUGCCCGCAUCGAAAAACUCACGGUAGUUCUCGACCUGGACGAAACUCUCGUGUGCGCGUACGAGACGUCUAGCCUUCCACCGGCCCUCCGUAGUCGAGCAACGGAUGCCGGAUUGAAGUGGUUUGAACUGGAAUGUGUAUCUUCAGACAAGGAAUUCGAAGGGAAACCUAAGAUCAGUUACGUUACCGUGUUUGAGCGCCCGGGGUUGCAGGAAUUCUUGAAUCAACUAAGUGAAUUUGCUGAACUUGUGCUGUUUACUGCUGGCCUUGAAGGCUAUGCUAGACCACUUGUAGACAGAAUUGAUAAAGAAAAUAGAUUUAGUCUUCGACUUUAUAGGCCCUCUACAAUUUGCACCGAGUAUCGGGAGCAUGUGAAAGACCUCUCGUGCCUAUCGAAGAACUUAUACCGAACUGUUAUUGUAGACAACAAUCCUUUCAGUUUCUUGUUGCAACCCUUAAAUGGGAUUCCAUGCAUUCCAUUUUCUGCAAGGCAGCCGCGUGAUACACAGCUUCUGGAUGUCCUCCUUCCACUUCUGAAGCACCUUUCUCUGCAGAAAGACGUGAGAUUGUUUCUUUACGACAGGUUCCGCAUGCCCGAAUGGUUUCGAAAGCAGGGUAUCCCUGCUUCUGGUUGGUCAGUGUAGGAGGAAGAUCACAUAUGCAAGGCUGUCGGUUCUUCCGCGUACUUCCUUUCCGUUACCGAUUUUUGUCCAAGGCAUCAUAAAUUUAUAGGUAUCAUCCGCAUUCCGGACACGCUGAUGAAAGCCACCGGAAUCUUGCAAACAGAUUAAUCGGAUGCUAUCUCGUAUUGUAUUAGGUGAGUCAUUUAUGUAUUCAGAUCCACACAAAAAUUCUCGAUUCAUAGUGUAACUCUGUUUAUAGGCUUGCAAUCCUGUUGGAUGUUUAUAUAGCUUUCGGAAUUUUGUAAAUUUUCUUCUCAAUCAAUUAUUAUUUCUAGCUUACCUUCUCAA